AUGAGAUUCUCGUGUUGCCUUGGUCGAGAGGUAUCAACACCGGCCGAACCAUCACCUUACUCCAAAGCAUUCACUCUAUCCCGCAACUCGAACUCAUCUCGCUCACCAUACAUCAUGAACCACGAGCGAUACGAAGAACGCCUAAACCUCGUCACGAGCGUCAUCCACAGCUACGGCCUCGAACCCGUCGACAUCACCCCCAUAGACUACGAUGAAACAGCACCCUUCGCCUACAACAACUACAUCUACAAAAUCACUCUCUCCGCGCCCCUCACACCAUCCUCCAUCCCUCAUGAACGCCGCCGCCCGUACACCCAGCCUCCCACUGGGCAAGGCACUUCUACUGUGGUGAUGCGCAUCGCGAACCCGAAAGCAGAAGGCGUAGUCCAAGACAACCGCGUUGAGAACGAGGUCGCGGCGGUUCACCUCGCGCGAGAGGGUUUGGGGUCGUAUAAGCCUGAGAUUGCGGGGCUCGUGCCGGCGUUGUAUGAUUGGAGACCCUAUCGUCCUUCCGAGAUCACGGGGAUGGAGGCGGGGGUGCCGGGCGAUGGUGGCAGCAGCAGUUACGGGUGGAGUCUGAUGGAGUUCAAGAAGGGCGUGCCUCUCGAUACCGUCUUCCGCGACAUGAACGACGGAGAGAAGGGCGAUGUGCUGGGCCAGAUUGCGGAUUUGGUUACGGGGAUCCAGAGGGUUUCCUUGCCGAAGAGUGUGAAGUCCCACGGGGGGCUGUCGAUUGACGAAGCGGGAAGAAUCGUGGGUGGUGCGAUGACGACGGUUAAAGGCGGACCUUGGGAGCGAUAUAGCGAUUUCUGGAAGGCGAGGUUGGCAAUUCGGCUGGAGGAUGCGGAUGCGAGUCCGGCACUGGAAGGGUGGAGGCCGAACGGUGUGCGGGAGCGUGUUGAUCGGUUCUUGGAGUCUGGGCUGGAGAGCUAUCUUGAUGGGUCUGGGGUUGAUGUUGGGAGGUUGGCUCUCAUUCACGGGGAUCUUAGUAAGUUAUUUACUGCCCCGGUCAAGUCUGGUCUCGUCGUCAAGCCGAUCCAGCUUACUGACAUUCCUCUACCAGCUACGAACAAUACCCUCUACGAUACGACCACCAAGAAACUCACCUCCAUCCUCGACUUCGACUUCGCCUUCGUCUCCCACCCCUGUCACGAAUUCUUCACGUCGCUAGGCGACGUCGGCGGCAACACGGGCGGCGGCACGGGGCGGGAUCCGGAUCUCAGCGGGGGUCUGCUCGGUAAAGCGAUGUUGACGGGCGACUUUGACGGGAUCAGGGGGAGUCUACCGCAAGAAGCGUUGGGACAGCUCACGACGGCUCGAGCGUGGGAUGAUGCGUUGAGGGAGAGAGGUGCGGUGCGGCCUAGUGAGAUUAGGGGCAUGGCUGCGCUGGAUGGGUUGAGGAGGCUGGAGGCGCUGGCGUGUCCUUUUGCUUUGGAGCAUCCUGUCAUGUUGAGGCGGAAGACGAGGGAGGAGAUUGAAGGGAUGAGGGCGGUUGCAGAGAGGGAGCUUGUUAGGUGUCUUGAGGGGUUUGAGUACUAG